CCAGUAUAUUGUUGUUGCUGAGCAAAAAAAAAGGGACAAAUCUAGUCUAAAUAAAGCUUUAAGAGUAAUUGAAGCGUUAUUCAUUUGCACACGCGGGAUGCGAGGCGAAUGAAGUGAAUUGAUUUCUAAUGCCUCCCCCGCAAUCAGGAUUCCCUCGUCUGUGAGGGCCACUAGGCUUUAGUCGAGGAUAUCCUCAGAUUAUGACGUGAUGAGCUACAGUUGGUGGAGAGGAAAUAGAAAUGUCAGUUGAGAGGUCAUUGCCGAGAUUAAAACAUGCCAAGGGAGUGCAUGAUUGUGGACUCUUCCUUCACAACUUCCAACUUCAACACUCUGCUCUUUUGACAGGCGACAUUUCUGCUGUUUCAAACAAAAAGAAUAGGAGAUCAACCCUUGGCUGGAGAAAGAAAAGUGGACACUAUGAGCAGUGGAGCUCUGAGUGGCCUCUUCUAGUUCAUACUCAGUGGUAAGUCUGCUAAGAGGACACUGUGAUGCAUGUGGAGCGGUGGAGCGCUCUGAGUGGCCUCUUCUAGUUCAUACUCAGUGCUAUCUGUAGGCAGUGAGGAGCACCACACAGAGAAGAUGAAAGUGAAAUGGACCACACUGGGCCUGGUCUUCUUCCUGCUGCUCUCCCUCGUCAUGACUGGCUGCUUCAUAUGGCAGUACAGACAGCCCAAGCAGAGCACCGUAGAGGAGAUCAUGGUGAACGACGCCCAGCAGGAGGAGAUGUGUCCCCGCUUCCCAGAGCCUGUUCCCCUGCAGCACCCCAUCCCUAUUCUCAAAGAGGCACUGGAAAAGGUGGAUGGACUUCUGAGGCAAAGUAUUAAUGCCACCAGCCUACCAGCCAUCUCUGCCAUCGUCAUAUUCAAUGAUUCUGUGUUGUGGAAUGGCAACUUUGGGAGAAAGAAUGGAAGUGACCCGUUCUCCCCACUACCAAAUGAAUACACUGUGUACAGAAUUGCUAGUUUGUCAAAGAUAUUCCCUGUACUUAUGCUGUACAAGUUUUGGGAAGAGGGUAAGGUGGCCUCUCUGGAUGACCCUCUGGAGAAGUAUAUGGAGAACUUUACCAUAAAGAACCCACUGGGAAAGGCAGGAGACUCUGACCUCAAGUCCAAACCAGAUGGAUCCUCCAACACCCUGGAGAGGAGGGCCCGCACCUCCUCCGUCACCCUGCGCAGGAUGGCCAGCCAGCUCUCUGGAUUACCCAGACGCCUCAGGUCAACCAACCUUCUCUGGCGGGGCAGCACCGAGGCUGCUGUCAGUUUACUCCAGGACGACGUCCUCGUGGCAGACCCAGGAACCAAAUGCCACUACAGUAACCUGGCCUUCUCUCUGCUGGGUCACGUUUUGGCAGAGAAGGUGGCAGGCACUAAGUACCAGCGCUGGGUCACUGAAAACAUCCUGAACCCGCUGGGCAUGGAGGACACAGGCUUUGUCAUUACACCGGAGGUGCAGAGCCAGAUGGCCGUGGGGUUCUACUCCAGUGGGCAGAAAGCGCCACUCUACGACCUGGGCUGGUACCAGCCGUCUGGUCAAAUGUUCUCCACGGCGGCGGACAUUGCCAAGCUGGGCAUGGCGUUACUUGGGUCGUACAAGCGGCCGCGCCCGCUGCUGCAGCCCGACACGCUCAAGACCAUGCUGACACCGGUGUUCCGCUGUGACAAGAGCUACUUCGCCAACCAGACGGGAACGCCGUGGGAGGUGGACGAGCUGCUCGGCUACGAGUUGGUGCAGAAGGCCGGGGAGCUGGACGGCUACUCUGCCACCUUCUCCCUGGUGCCGCGCCUCAAGCUGGGCCUGGUGAUCCUCAUGGCGGGAGCCAAGCCCAAGGACGAGGACUUUGUCACCAAGGCCUACAGCUUCCUCAUCCCCGCCAUGGAGAGUGCCUUUCGGGAGGCCCCACGCGUCUUCACCCCUCCCCCCAGCCCGAGCCCUUAUGAGGGGUACUUCACCUACGGCAACAUGACCUUCUAUGAGAUCAGAGCAGGGGAGGACGGCGUUCUGAUAAUGCAGCAGUUCGGUCCCCAGGUGGAAACCAUGGUCCCGGCUCAGUACAGGACUAUCAGGCUCAGCUAUCUGGAGGACAGGGUGUUUAGGGUCGUGUUUGAGAAGGAGUACCCCUGUGUUUUGAGAGUCAAUUCUGCCUCUGUCUCCCUGGAGAACCAAGACAGACAACUUUUCAAUUUCUACUCCUUCAACAGAAAGGGUCUCUCGCCUGGCUUUGAUGCCCCGGGACUAAAUACCUAUAGGGUCGUCAGGAUUUCUCGUAAACCUUUUUUCACCAGAUAACGUUAGCAUAGCACAGCACAUGAUGGUGGGAAAGAGGGACCUCACCAUGAUAAAUGAGUCGAACCCUCAACAGGUUCAGUGUUAUCAGAAUAGCUCGUGAACCUUUUUGUUUCUGAGAAAUGUUUGUGAAGCACUUGACAGAGGGAAAGAAUUACCUUCCCAUGAUAAAAGUGUCAAACUGAUAAAACUGUCUGCACAACUUCAUUUCUGUUACUAGGUUUGGAAUUUGAAAAGGACAAAUCACUCUCUGCGAGUGGGUUUACCACCAGUAUGUUUUGUUUUGAAAUCAGCUCCAAAUACUACUGCUGCUGUGGAAAUUGCACAAAAAAAAGGAUAUGAGCAGAAGCUGGCAAAGCUAUCCCAUAUUUUUGUACUGUUGUCUGAAACCGUGUAAAUAGACUUCAGUAAUGGCCUUUUUAAAUGGUUUUUUUUUUUUUUAAUUCAGGGUACAUUUUUGUUAGGCCAUUUUUCUUUCUGUAAAGUGAACUUUGCAGGAAUAUGGCCUUAUUCAAUUAUCAUUGUUGUCUCUGAAAGAUGUCUUAAGGCAGAGAAAGUGCCUUUCGCAUGUGUCAACCACAAUCUUGAGUGGUUCUCUUUAUCAUUAUGGAACCCUUUUUGAAGGAAAAUGUAUGAGAAAACCAUUUAUAAAAACCUAGUAUCAUCAGUUCUAUAUAUGUAAAAGGAAGAAAUAACUGUACAUUACUACUUGCCCUCAGCAUCUCUGUAUGAUAUAUAUGAUAAACCAUGCUGUCAGAGUGCAGACCUGGAAGUUUCACAUUGCCGAACAUCAGAAUUUUUCAAGAGAACUGUGUGACCAAGUUUACGGCAAAUUGUAUAUAUCUCGUGAUAGUUAUUCAUUGUUAACCACUCUUACCCACUCUACAACUCAAAGAGGUCUAUACACAAUUUCUAUAGGUGUGAAUAGCAAGCCAACCUAUCCACACACGCGCGUAAAGUCACAGAGAUAAUGAAACAAUCAAACAAUGAAAUAAAAAUGUAAAAAUGUGUAAAAAUUAAGAGUGUGAUUGUGUAAAUACAUGUGUUAUAACUUGUGUAUAUAAUAAAAAUGGAAUAUAUUGUAUUUACAUGUU